CGCCUGGGCUCUGUGGGGAGUAGGGGAGCCCGCGGCAGCCCGGGGCCGGGGCUGGCGAGCCGAGCGGGGACCUGUGCGCGGCGCCGCUGAGGCGCAGUAUGUGAACAGGAGACGGCAUCCAGUGCGAGGCAAGCCUCUCAGCCGGCCGGGAUGGCUGCGACGGCCGAGCUCUUCGAGGAGCCUUUUGUGGCAGAUGAAUAUAUUGAACGUCUUGUAUGGAGAACCCCAGGAGGAGGUUCUAGAGGGGGACCUGAAGCUUUUGAUCCUAAAAGGUUAUUAGAAGAAUUUGUAAAUCAUAUUCAAGAACUCCAGAUAAUGGAUGAAAAGAUUCAAAGAAAAGUAGAAAAGCUAGAGCAACAGUGUCAGAAAGAAGCCAAGGAAUUUGCCAAGAAGGUACAAGAGCUCCAGAAAAGCAAUCAGGUUGCCUUCCAACAUUUUCAAGAACUAGAUGAGCACAUCAGCUAUGUAGCAACCAAGGUCUGUCACCUUGGAGACCAGCUGGAGGGGGUAAACACACCCAGACAACGGGCAGUGGAGGCUCAGAAACUGAUGAAAUACUUUAAUGAAUUUCUAGAUGGAGAAUUGAAGUCUGAUGUUUUUAUAAAUUCUGAAAAGAUAAAGGAGGCAGCAGACAUCAUUCAGAAGUUGCACCUAAUCGCCCAGGAGUUACCUUUUGAUAGAUUUUCAGAAGUAAAGUCCAAAAUUGCAAGUAAAUACCAUGAUUUAGAAUGCCAACUGAUUCAGGAGUUUACCAGUGCUCAAAAAAGAGGUGAAAUUUCCAGAAUGAGAGAAGUAGCAGCAGUUUUACUUCAUUUUAAGGGUUAUUCCCAUUGUGUUGAUGUUUAUAUAAAGCAGUGCCAGGAGGGUACUUACUUGAGAAAUGAUAUAUUUGAAGAUGCAGCAAUACUCUGUCAACGGGUGAACAAGCAAGUUGGAGAUAUCUUUAGUAAUCCAGAAACAGUACUGGCUAAACUUAUUCAAAAUGUAUUUGAAAUUAAACUACAGACUUUUGUGAAAGACCAGUUAGAAGAAUGUAGGAAGUCUGAUGCAGAGCAGUAUCUCAAAAAUCUCUAUGAUUUAUAUACAAGAACCUCAAAUCUUUCCAGCAAGUUGAUGGAGUUUAACUUAGGUACUGAUAAACAGACUUUCUUGUCUAAGCUUAUCAAAUCCAUUUUCAUUUCCUAUUUGGAGAACUAUAUUGAGGUGGAAACUGGAUAUUUGAAAAGCAGAAGUGCUAUGAUCUUACAGCGCUAUUAUGAUUCAAAAAACCAUCAAAAGAGAUCCAUUGGCACUGGAGGUAUUCAAGAUUUGAAAGAGAGAAUUAGACAACGUACCAACUUACCUCUUGGGCCAAGUAUCGAUACUCAUGGGGAAACUUUCCUGUCCCAAGAAGUGGUGGUUAAUCUUCUACAAGAAACCAAACAAGCCUUUGAAAGAUGUCAUAGGCUCUCUGAUCCUUCUGAUUUACCAAGGAAUGCCUUUAGAAUUUUUACCAUUCUGGUGGAAUUUUUAUGUAUUGAGCAUAUCGAUUAUGCUUUGGAAACAGGACUUGCUGGAAUUCCUUCUUCAGAUUCUAGGAAUGCAAAUCUCUAUUUUUUGGAUGUUGUGCAACAAGCCAACACCAUUUUUCAUCUUUUUGACAAGCAAUUUAAUGAUCACCUUAUGCCACUAAUAAGCUCUUCUCCUAAGUUAUCUGAAUGCCUUCAGAAGAAAAAAGAAAUAAUUGAACAAAUGGAGAUGAAAUUGGAUACUGGCAUUGAUAGGACAUUGAAUUGUAUGAUUGGACAGAUGAAGCAUAUCUUGGCUGCAGAACAAAAGAAAACAGAUUUUAAGCCAGAAGAUGAGAACAAUGUUUUGAUUCAGUAUACAAAUGCCUGUGUUAAAGUCUGUGCUUAUGUAAGAAAGCAAGUGGAGAAGAUUAAAAACUCCAUGGAUGGGAAGAAUGUGGAUACAGUUUUAAUGGAACUUGGAGUACGUUUUCAUCGACUUAUUUAUGAGCAUCUUCAACAAUAUUCCUACAGUUGUAUGGGAGGCAUGUUAGCAAUUUGUGAUGUAGCUGAAUAUAGGAAAUGUGCCAAAGACUUCAAGAUUCCACUGGUAUUACAGCUUUUUGAUACUCUGCAUGCACUUUGCAAUCUUCUGGUAGUUGCCCCAGAUAAUUUAAAACAAGUCUGCUCAGGAGAACAACUUGCUAAUCUGGACAAGAAUAUUCUUCACUCCUUCGUACAACUUCGUGCUGACUAUAGAUCUGCCCGACUUGCUCGACAUUUCAGCUGAGGUUGAAUAUAAGGGAAAUGUGUUGUACUUCAGCAGGCUUUGGUUGUUAGAAAGCACAGGAGAUUUCUUAUGACACAGCUAACAUUUUGCGGAAAAAUGACUGUGGAGAAACAGUGGCUGUACUUACCCUUGAGAUUUUUUUUUAAUUUGGACACUCCUAGCCAGCCAUAUUUUGCUUUUUCUCCUUAGGUGAAUUUUAAUUCCAUUCUUGAACUUAUAAAUUUCAAAUUCCAUGAAACUAAGUCACUGUUUUCAUCCUGGAAAAUGUUGGUGUCAGAAGGCAAAUGAGAUGUUAACCAGUGUUGUGGUACAUGUUCUUUAACAUACUCCAUUGGGAAAGUUCCCCAUCCUGUUUUGUAUUAAUGGCAAAAUACAGCAAAACUGCAUAUAUUAUUUAUUCAUUUUUAACAACUUUUUCAGCACUGGUAUUUAUAAUCAAGUUAUUUUAGGUUUUCCUAGAGAAAGUUAACAAUUGAGCAUAAUUUCUGUAGUUGGUUGAUUGGAUUUUUUUCUGAGAUACAACAAUAAUACUAUUCCAAGGAAAAUGUUAUAAUCUAAAUGUAUCAUGUAGCUUUUAGGAGUGGAUCAGAAUACUCUGCUUUCUGGGUAAAAAAAAAACCUUAAAGUUUACUAUUUCUUAUUUGGUAAACAUUUUAAGCCAGUGCUAGUGAGAGGUUAAUGGGACCUACCUUAUUUUAUAUUUCGCUUAAGGUAGAGGACCUUAACUAAAACACCAUAUUUAUUCAUUAUUUUAAUAUUGUAAGGGAAAUAAAAAAGUGCGGUAUAGUCUAAAUGGUGCAUAUGAGGAUAUGUUUCACAACAAUGCAAUCCUUUAAGAUUUCUAACUUAAACUGGAAUAAGAUGGGAUACCUAAAUAUGCAGGUAGUCUUCUAUGUUAAGUGUAAUUGGGAAUUGAUAGAUAACAUUAUAUAUUCUAAGUCUGGAGAUGAACUUUGCAAAGACUAGUUGCUUUUCAAAUCUAUAGUUUCUGUCAUUGUCUUUUUCAAGGCAUUUCUGAAGCAGUUCCUUCUUAAUGUAGUUAAUUGAAUUGGCUUAAUAUGGUGGCAUAAUAAAUCACUUACAAAAUUUUAAACAUCAAGUGGAAAUUUAGAAAGGCCGUUUACUCUAUAAACUUUAUACACUUGCUCUACGAGAAUGCAUUCUUAACUAUAUAGUAUUUCAGCUUCCAUUGUGCUGUUUAUAGUCUUUCAGGAACAGAUAAACUAAUGUUCAACUCAUUCUUCGCACUUUUUCCCUCUAAUAUAGCCUUUUUGACCUAAUUUUGGACAGUAACUUCUCCUUUGAGAAUAUGUUUCCAAAUGGUUAUCAACUUUACCAAAAGUUCCAGGUCCAGAGCUAGCUACUAUUUCAGUUACUGUUGACUGAAUUUUCCUUAUUUUCUGUUUAGCCCAGUGUUAUCAAGGUAAGCAAGAGAAAUGAAGUAUGCCAACUUUUGUCAAAGCAUUCUAGGAAACUGCGGCAGCCUUAGAAGGCAGUCUAGUUUCUGUUCUUUAGCCAAGGGAGAGGCAGAACAGGUUUUGGAUUCUAGAGAAAGGCAUAUGCUUGUACUGUUGCCACUUUACAAAGCUAUGAUGUGAAUUCAAAUUAUACCUCUGUUACUUAAAGCCAACAAUUCUAAAGCAGUAGUUUUACUGGCCAGUUGAACUCUUUGUACACAGUGUCAAUUUGUUUAAAAAAAAAGAAAAAGAAAAAAAAAAGAAAAAUCUCAAAUAAAACAUGAGAGAACAUUUUAAGACUUUCAAAUCAGAGAAGUGCUUCAAAUCAUUUUGUUUGGAUUAGUUUUUUAAAUGUAAAGCAUAUACCUGUUGCUUAGAUAUUUUGUUAAUUAUUAUUUCUGUGCUUGAGUUCUGUACAGUAUUUUCCAUUUUGUCCAUUGACAGUGCAGUGACAAAGAAAAUUCACAAGUGAAUACUUAAUUUAGAAGUAUUAACAUUAAUGCUCAAUAAACAAAUUCCCUACAGUUGUUUUAUUUUUUAAUUUCCAUUUUUACAUUUAAAGACAUCCAUCCUGAAUUUUAUAAAUGACUUUUGUUUAAAUUUUUAAGAUGUUCCUUAUUUUUCAUAGCAUAGGUCUUCUCACUUCCUUUUUUAACAGAAAAAUACUUGACUGUAUGACCAAGAUUAGAAAUUCAGCCUAAACAGAUUGUCUUUCUCUAGAAAAAAAUUUUUUGUUGUAUAAAACAAUAUGCAUUCUUUGUAUUCCGAUUUUUUAAGUAUUUUCCAUAUUUAUGGCUACUAUAAAAUUUUGUGCAAAUUUGUGGCUCAAAAAAGAUGAGCAAUAAGUAAAAUGUUUUCCAUAAACACGUGGUAAAGUUUUAAGGUAGUGAUAAUGGAACUUUGUAUAUUAAUAACUUCAGCCAACAUUUGAAUAGGGAGAAUCUGCAGUUUUCCACAGUUACAUAUAAGCUAACAUGCAAUAUUUAGGUAGUGUUUUGAAGUUGAAAAUAAGCUCUAAACUACUACAAAUUAUUUUUCUAAAAUUUGAGUAUGUAUAUUUAUAUAAAGUGGUACAGAAAGUGAAACAUAGAACACAAGUUUAAGAAGAAAGUCUACCUUCCCUAAGUUAAAAUACUGAAAAUGACAGCCACAGUAGAUUAACAAUCGAAGAAUUACUAAAUAAUGGCUGAAUGGAUCUUUAGACAGUUGACAGACUAUUCUAAGAUAAUUAUUAACCUCAUUUUGAGAUCACCAUGAUUGCAAAUCCCUACCAUUUCCUUUAUUUUAAAACGUGCUGCGAAGUAGAUUAACUUAUGAGAUAUUUUAUACCUUUUUCUUCCCUCUUUCACUUUAAAUAUUUCACUAUCUGAAUAUCAGUCUUGUGGCUCACAGUGAAAUAAUUUAAUUAUCAGCCAGUAGAUUGAUCCACAGUGGAGAAUGUACUGCUUCCUUAAAAUGUCUUUCUCACUUCUAUGGUGGGGAAUAUUUACAGGUAUCCAAUUAAAAAGAUUUUGGUUCAUAAAAUGCCACAAAAUCCCUUAAGGUGGUCAUGUUUAUAUGGCAAUGUCUAAGGUAUGCUUGAACUGUUAGGUGAGAAUAAGCAAGAUUUAGAGUGCAUAAUUUGUUACUGACUUAAAUGUUCACAUCUGGGAGAGAGUUUAACUUUUUUUUAAUUCAGAAAUAUUCAGCAUAUUACUUAUAUAUUGCUCAUUGACUCAGAAGUGUGAGAUGUUUUCUAGAAGCAUACUGAAUUCUCCUGAUUUCUAAUGGAGAAUUUGACAAUAAAAAGCUUUCUGUGCUUUCAUCCAAUUAGGUUAACUACAUUCAGUACCUGUAGUACUUCUCUCUGCUUGAGAAACUCUGUCCUAAAAUACAUUGUGUACUUUGAAGGAAAAGACUAGUCCAUAUUGUUAAAAUGAAUAAUUCUACAUAAAGCAAAAACAGUGAUUUUAAAAUUUGGAUGCAUAAUAAAGAUAAUUAUACCUACAUUUAUUGACUUAAGUCCCAUGCACUCUGUUAAGCCCUUUGCAUACAAUCUCAUUAGAUUCCAAAGCAGCCCUGGAAGUUGAGUACUAAUAUCUCUACUUGACAGAUGAAAACCCAAGGCACAAAAUGGCUAACUAGACCUGUUCAAGGUCUACAGGUAGUAAAAAGACUCAGAUUGAAACCUAAGUCUUUCUCACUCAUUCUUUGUGUUCAAUAUACUCUCCUUAUGUAGCAUUAAUUAAAUAGGUCCUUUCAUUGAUAGGCUCAUUAGUUUUCUUAGUCUAAUUUUCUUUUCAUCCAAUAUGUGGUUCUUAUUGUCAUAUUUAGAUUAUGAAGUUGAUAUACAGGGUCAGUAUCUAAUUUACUAUUGGAUUUUUUUUAAUGUGUCCAAUAUAUGGUCAUACUUUUAAAAUUUUGUUUUUAAAAUUUUAUAAAUGGUCAUGAAAUUAAAAUGAAUCUUAAGUUUGUACCUAAUAGAAAUCUUUCCAUCAAAAUGUUCUCUUUAAUGAGUAUUAUUUUACAUAAUCCUAAUACUAUUUCUGUUCAAUAAUUUUUACAAUGGGAAGAGUUCAGGUAUUUUGUAUGGUAUUUUGUAACAUGGGAGUAAAUGACAACUCUGUCUGGAAGAUGUGAAGAAAUCAAUAUUUCUGCCUCCAAAAUCAGACUAUUUUAAUGUCAUAAGUUUGCCAAUUCUAUUAAUUACUUGGUACAGUGGUAGUUCUUAAAUGGCUAAUGUUGAAGUGAACAUGUAGGGAAAAAAUGUGCUCAGUGUAUUGCAGUAGGCAGUCAUUUUCAUGUAAUCAAAAAUUGCAUGUUUAAUCUUUUAAAAAUUGCCUUAAAUCUUUUAACUUGUAUUCCUACCACUGAUCAGUCCUUUCCCUUUCCAGAUUUAGGUGAGAAGCUACCCCUCAAGUGUAUAUAAGAGAAAAACCUGACAUUAGAACUCUAAUUGGUGAUUUGAAGCAGCUAGGUUGAUAACCCUGGGCUUAACAAGAUUUAUAUUUUCACUCUAGGCCCUAUAUACUUUAACACUAUUAUUUGGGAGGUAACAGUAAACAUCAGUUUUUGUGACUAAUACCACUUUUUGAGAGAGAGACAGACAAGUAAUUAACCAUACUCAUUCAUUUUCUAAGUGGUUUAGAAGGUUGCAGUGUGCCUCACCAUACAAAGCCAAUUUAAAUGUGAAUAUAUCACUUCAUACUCCAAAUAGCAAACCUCAGAGGAAAGUCAUUUAUUCAGAAGGCAUAGAUUUGUGCUAGACAGUAGUGAUGCAUUACAAAUAUAUAAUCAUUUGCACUAAUAUUUGAGCAAGUGGAAUGGAUUAGAACAUGGUCAACAUUAUGCUGCUGAUAACAUGUGUUUUUCUAUAUUAUAUACUAUGCAAUGUGUAUUAAAAUUGUCAAUAAUCCAUUUUAGCCAAUAUACUAAUAUUUAUAUUACUGUGUUGAAGAGACAGUGAACCACUUUCGAUUUAAAAGUCUGAAACUGGAAUUAAGUUGACUUUCAAAAAUCAUUUACAUUAGUUUUUCAUCACCGGCAGGUCAGUCAGUAAAACAUAGAAUUAACAGUCACUGGAGACUUAACAGAAGAAGUUUGGAGGGGCAGGGAACUGAAAUGAGUUAAGUUUCAUUUAUGCUCAGAUGAAUGGCAUCCUUUUGUUUUAGUCACUGGCAAUCUUGAAAGAAAAUGUCUUAUCCCUUCCAGAGUAUCUUCUUAUUAAUAAACUAAGUGUGAAGAUUGGAUAGAAUGAACUCGAAGCAAUCAAUCUCCAAUGGUAGACUUCCAAAUUUUCUAGAUUAAACUUUAAGAGGUAGGAUGCCCUGUAAUCCUAGUCAGGUGCCUUUGAAUGAGGCCUUCCCUUUUUACUGGCUUAUCAUUUUAAUCUUCAUUCUGUGGACAAAUUUGGUUCCUUUGAAUUCUAGCAUUUCGUUGUGACAUUUCUAUCAAACUAGCUUUUUACUAUAGAGAAUAGUAUCCAAAUAGAAUCUGGACAGUGCUGAUCUAAAGAAAACUGAAACUACCUCUAAGUAUAUUGUUUGCAAAUGCUGUUUGCUGUUCAGAGUAUUCACAUGAAAUUAUGUGAAAAUACUUUAUAAUAUUAAGUGCCUCUGUAUUAGGAUUCUCUAGUAGAAUGUAUUUUCAGUUUUUGCCACAGAGGGGAGAAGUUAUUUUUAUCAUAACACCUACAUUUUUGUUUGAUUUUAAAAAACAGAAUUCAAAUAACUUACCUCUUUUGAAUAUCUAUGAACAUAUCACUAUCCUAACUAAUGGGGAGAAAAAGAGAAAGUGUGUGUGUGUGUGCAUGUGUGUGUUUAUAUAAGAUUCUGAAAGACGUGUGAAAAAAAUUUCUGGGUCAAUUAAUGACUAAAUCGUUUUGAAGAACAUGUAUGUGCACAAUGGACAAAGGAAUUGGACAAAGUUAUUGGAAUUAAAAUUAUGUUUUUAGAGUUAUAGAUAAUUGAACUCCUUUAUCAAGUCUUUACAAAUAGUAAGAAUCUAUUGGUUAGUUUUCUGCAUUCUGCUGUUUAAAGAAAAAAAUUUUAAACAAUCUCAAACUUUACAGAAAGGUUGUAAAUACCUUACAAAUAAAACGUUCCCACUUUGAGACUUAAGUUGCUGUCAUGAUGCCCCAUUGCCCUCUAAUACUUUAUCUUCAGAAAGAAUGAAUUCUGUAUAACCAUAAUACAACCAUCAAACUGAGGAAGCUAACUAAUAUCAAUACAUUAUUCCCAUCUAAUCCUCAGACCCCAUUCAAGUCUCACUAACUGUUUUUCUGUGGUCCAGUAAAAAACCAUGUGUUGCCUUGGAACAUUUCCUCAGUCUUUCCUUGACCUGUGCUAUCCUCAGCACUCUUGUAAAUUACAGGCCAGUUAUUUUGUAAAACAUUCUUACGUUUGGUUUUAUCUGUUUAAUCAUAAUUAGAUGCCAGCUGUGCUUGUUUGGCAGGGAUAUUACAGAAGUGAUUCUGUGUUCUCACUGCACCCGGUCAGGUAGUACACAGUUUCAGUUUGCCCCAUUUCUGAUGAUGUUCUUUUUGGUCAUUUGUUUAAGGUACUCCCCACUGUAAAGUUACUGUUUUUCCCUUUGUAUUUUGUGGGGAGGCAGUUUGAAGCUAUGUAUAUAUCCUGCUCCUAAUCGAAAUUUAAAUUUAUCAGUAUGGAUUCAGGAUUUUCUAGUCAGUGGAUUAUAAUCUGUUAUUUAUUUUGCAUCUCAGACUGUCCCACAUUUAGCCCCCAGUGGGAGCACCUUCAAGUUGGCUGCUUUGCCAUAUUGCCAUCAUUUUUUAAGCACUUUCUUUGGAAAAACAGGUUUUUCCAACCUUAUCUUAUACUUGCCUUGCUCCAGCUCUGGAAUUGGCCAUUUCUCCUCCUUUUAGUGGAAAUUGGUAUUUAGGAGGCAUGAUUUGUGUGUGAGAUGUGAUUAUUAUGAUUGGGAUGUCACUGCCCCCCAUUAGUUCUCAGUGGACGGUGCUAGGGGGCUUUAUGUGUAUUUACGCACAUGUGUAUAUUUUAAAUUUACACAUACGUACACACACUCCCUCCCCUCUGUGACACUCUUCUCAUCCCACUUGAGCUCCAACACCCAAUACUGGGUUUCUCUCCUACCCCACUGAGAAGGGAAGCUUCCUUAACCCCUCAGUCACUGAAGCUUUGGCUUUAGGACAAAAUCGGGGGAAUGAAAUGGUCAUUAAGAAAACAUGUAAAGAUUUAAAAAUUUGAAAUAAAAAUUACUCUUAAUUUCAUAAAUAAAAAA